CCAUUCUAUUCCUUUACAUUUGCUCUCGCUAUAAUUGCACUAGUAUUGCGAGACAAUGACGGUAAACACUGUGAACGACCGCUAGUUGUAAAUCGCUAGACUUUGUGUGUGUGCACUUGGACUUAUUACGAAAUCUCUGAGGGACUAUUUUUCCUCCGCGGCGACAGCGCUACACUGCGGGUCGUGAGGCGUCCAAGAUGGCGGCAGCGUUUAAGGUCCAGGCUUUUUAAAAGGCACUCCAUGUUGACCCAACUGAGCCUUAGGACCCACUGUGACAAAGCCUGUAGUCCUGCCAUCUGUCCUGCACUAACAUGGCCAAGGACCAGCCAAAUGUCUUCGACCUCCUCCUGCUUCUGGAGUCCACAGAUCUGCAUGAGCUGGAGCAGGUCAGAAGUGUCCUACAGGAGAACCUUAGUGCAGAUAAAGGAUCUGUGCUUCUCAAUGGCCUCGUGGAUUAUUAUCUGGACACCAGCUCUCCUCAGGCUGUGGACCUUCUGUCCUCCGUCAGGGAGCCUCAUGACAAGCACCUCUUAGACAAGAUGAACGAGUGCAUGGCCAAGCCGAGCAGCAGGCUCCCAACCCUCAACCUCCUCGGUCAUGUUGUACGCAAGCAGCCGUCAUGGAUUCACAAGAUCACUCGCUUCCCUCUGCUUGCUUCACUACUUAAAUGCCUCAAGACUGAGUCAGAUGUUGUGGUUCUUAUAACUGGAGUGUUGGUGUUAGUCAUCCUGUUACCCAUGAUACAACAGACCAGCAAACAGCUCCUGUUUGAGUUUUUCGACAUCUUCGGACGACUUGCAGCUUGGAAUCAGAGAAACCCAGGCCAUGCUCAGGGAGCGUAUGCAGUUCAUCUGCACGCCAGCGUGUACUCGUUCUUUCACCGCCUCUACGGCAUGUACCCCUGCAACUUUGUGUCCUACCUGCGUGCCCACUACAGCAUGAAAGAGAACGUGGACACUUUUGAGGAAGUAGUUAAGCCGAUGCUUGAACAUGUGCGGAUACAUCCAGAGCUCGUUACUGGAACCAAAGACUAUGAAGUCGACCCGAUUAGGUGGAAGAGAUUUGAGACCCAUGACAUUGUGAUCGAAUGUGCCAAAGUGUCCCUGGAUCCUAAGGAAGCGUCUUGUGAGGAGGGCUACUCAUCUCUUCCUGAACAUGUGCCACGGCGCCCCAUCGACAGCAGCAGGUCCUGCUCGGAUCUCAGCACACAAGGAAGUUCAUCUUUCAACUCUAUGGCUAUAGUUCGCCAGUCCCUUUCCCUUUCAUUACCCCAUCUGACAGUCACUCAGCACCCAGGCCUGCAGACCCCCAGUCUACAGGGUCUUGAGGCAGAGUCCUCAGGGAUGAAGGAGGCCAUGUGGAGCCCUUCCUCUGUGUGUGGGAUGAGUACCCCUCCCAGCUCUAGAGGAAUGUCUCCCACCACCGUCUCUGAUCUGUCACACAGUGCCUCUAACGUCUUAGGGCGUGUCCCGAACACACCAGUGGAUGGGAAGUGGACUCCGUCAGCCUCCACACCCUCAGGGUCCUCCCCUCUCCUAUUGCUCUCCGGGGAACUCGAGCACACUGCCCAACCCACCAGCAUUACUCUCCCUCUUCCUAAGACAAAUCAGGAGAUUAAAAAAGGCAACCACGCAACUAUCAAUGGCACAGGUACGGGUGAUGGGAUCAGUCCUUUUUCUUUGACUGAGCUCUCUGACUUUGUAAAGAGGACGGAGAGAGAGAAAGAGGAAGAUGCCAUCACAGCGGAGUUGCUGACACUAACCCAGGGCAAACUGGAUUCGCUCCGCACAUCAGCCACGGACGCAUCCUUUUCCAGCACCACUGAGGCACCCCUCGACUUAAACCCCAGCAUUUAUACCCUGCCUCGUAAUCUGGCCUCCACCCCAGACACCAUAAAAGCAGCAGAGCAGCAGCACAUGUGGCCCUGUUUCACACCCAUAGAGAACUCCUUGAGCCCAGCUGAAGACGCCUCCUUGGAGUUGUUUAAGGGCUCGUUUCCCUAUGAGCAUCUCUUCGACCUGGCCUUGCCAAAGCUGGCCUCUCUGUACAUGGAGAAGAAGAUCGCAGAGGCUCAGCUGAAGGCUGGCAGAGAGGAGGUGGAGGUGGGGGAUCUGUCCGCUACGUCUCCUCUAGAGGUGCUGGAUCGUCUUAUUGAGCAAGGCCAUGAGCUUCAUGAAAAAGUGUUAAAAAGAUAUCCUUCUUCGUCAAACCCCGCGGCCGAGCCACACCUUGGAGGUAAACAUCAUAGCACUAAAGGAAAAGGCUCAGGAGCCCCUGAUGAGCUGACGCUUUUGCGCAGUCAGUUGCUGCUCCUGCACAACCAUCUGCUGUAUGAGCGGCACAAAAGAGAGCAGCACGCACUGCGCAACCGCCGCCUGCUCCGCCGUGUCAUCAACGCCACUGCAUUGGAGGAGCAGAACAACUCCAUGAAGGCCCAGCUGAGGCUGCAGGAAGUGGAGAUCCAGACUCUGCGGGUGAGUCUGCAGGAAGAGCAAAAACGCUCCAAGCAUCUGCAGCAGGAAGGAGAGGCGCAGGUGCAGCAGCUCCACAGCCAGCUCCAGAAGGUCCAGCGUGAGAGGAACAACUUCUGUACCAAAACUCAGGAGCUACAGAGUGACCUGCAGGAAAGUAAGAAGAAAAUGGGUGAGCUGGAGGCAGAGCUGCAGAGAGCCAAUAACAAAGUGUGCAAUACAGGACACCUGCUCAGCCAGCUGUCUAUGAAGCUCAACAACAGUGAAAGCCUGGAGCAACAGAUGGCCUUUUUGAACAAACAGUUGUUACUGCUGGGUGAAGCCAAUAAAGUGUCCGUGCAGGAAGUCCAGCGCCUGGGACCAGACUCGUGUAAAGAGCAGAAGAUGCUGCAGAUGUGCUCCAUGCGUGAGACCGAGCGGUUAAGACAGAGCUCCAUUCAGCAGAGCCAGAGGUUGGAGGCAGCCCAGCAGCGCAUCACUGACCUGGAGACCCAGCUCACCAAGAAGGAGCACCUCAUCCUGGAGCAGAAGAAACUCCUGGAGAAUGUCAAAAAUCAGGCCAAAGGGCAGCUGCAAGCUUCUGAGAACAGGUAUCUUGCUCAAAAGCAUGUGACUCAGGCGCUACAAUCAGAGAUGCUCCAGCUGUACAGUCAGCUCGAGCUUGCCAGCCUCUCAAACAGCACACCAGCAGGAGGAGCAGCAGAACCAGACAGCCCUCUAAACCAGAGGCCGAACGGCAGCAACGCCUCCACUUCAGCUCAGACCUCAGAGUCAGGGAAAAGAGAGGAAACUUCUAACAUGUGUGUGAACGGCGAGCUGUCGCCACUCUCUCCCGGAUCCCCGCUAUCCUCUGCACUGUUCAACGGUAGUCAGGAAGAAGACAUUUCAGCCCUGUCCUGCAACUCUCCUUUGGCCGAAAGCUUCCUGGGAAUGCACAACCAAGGGCUGCUGAAGAAGACGAAGAGUCCGUACGAUGAAGAGCACAGCCACAGGCUUCAUGACCAGAGAUCGGAGCUUGCUGAGAAACGCUCAGAGCUCGCAGUGUCCCCGAGCCUGGCGGAGGAAGAAGCCGUCCACCCGCCUGUGGAUCUGCACAGAGCUCGCACUUACAACAUCCAGAGGCGCAGACAGCAGGACCUGCACAUCAUGGAUUACAACGAGAUGCACCAGGAGAAGACAUAAAGGAGAUUGGUUGAGUUUGCAGGACUGCCACUGUAGAUUUGCUUGCAACACUAGACCGAAUGAUGGAGUAAAUAUGUUUUGACCUCUGCAGCACUCUUAAUUUUAACAAGAGUGGACUGCAUCAUUUUAGCAAGAAAAAAAAAAAACAUUUUUUUUUUAAAGCUCUACUGUAUUACAAAACAGCCAAAAAAAAAAAGAGAAGGGUGUGUGUGUACACCAAGGGUUUAAAACUAUAGGAUCACUAAGUUUUAGGGGUUGUGUUUGUUUUUGGGCUGAGUUUACAGUUCUUCAGAUUUCAUUAAACCCGAACCUAAAACGUACUGAUUGUAGCUUUAAACUCGAUCCAGCCGAAUCUUGUAACCACCAUGGUGUAAAAUAUGAGCACUUUUCUGAUCGCAUCUAAAGAGACAUUUGUUCUGGGUUCAAUUUGGGUUUAUUCCUGUAUUGGAACGCUUGAUCGACAUUUUAGCUUUAGAUGUGUGUAAAAGUAUGCUGCAGUGGUGGUUACGUUGUGUGUGUGGAUUGUGUGUAGAACACAUAUUGCUUUAAUUGCUGUGUUUGCUUUUGUAACUUCCCGAUAAGUCGAUAGGAUCGUAUACAUUUGUCCAUGCCAAAGGGUCUUCGCGAGUUAGUUAGACGGAUGACAUGGAAAAUAUCUUUAAGCAAUUUUUUCUCCCUGAAAUUUCUUCUUUCUAUUCUCCCUCACGAAUCAAGCACUGAAAAUACUGUGCAUCAACAAAUCAAGCCCUAAUAGUCAGAUACAACUGUGAAAGACUCGCAAAAAAAAAAAAAAACGUAUGCAGCUGUGAUCUAGACGAUGGUGUGUGUGUGUGUAUGUGAGAGAGUGUUGACGAUUUCAGAACCUUGCUUGGGUUGCUUCGCCUUUAGGAAAAGAUGAAGCAAGUGUUAAACAAUUAUAGAAUUUAUUUUUUAUUAAUUCAGUUUAAUUCUGGGUUCCUAAAUCCUAGACACUAGUGCAAUACUUCUCUUAGCAUUACACUUCAUUACAAGCUCCGAAGCAUGUAAGGUGUAGUGUUUUUUUUGUUUUUUUUUUGCUGCUCAGUUAGAGACGUCACACAACACAAACUCCGCUGCUGUUCAUCCUGUAUAGAGGUAGUGCCUCAGAUUUGCCCCUGCCAGGCUCUUCAGUGAAUUUUAGUCACAGUUGUGUAAUGGGGGGAAAAAAGAAAAAGAAAAAAUCCAUCGCUGCUUGGAUUAUAUGUGAAAUGUGAAAGUUUCAUGGUAGCAUUGUAUAGUAUACAAUCACAAAUACACUAAAACUCAGCUGAUGACCUGAAAUCUAAGCUCUCACAUGUAUCAAUGCCCUUUGAAAAGAUUGUCAAUCAUUUUUGCCAGAAUCAGGGACCUUUUAUGAUCUCUUGUCAUGGUUUCAGCUAAAUACAAAUGUGAAAUACUGAAAAACAAAUAAAAAAAACAAACAAAAAAAAAAACAAUUCACCAAGGACUGAAGGAACUGUUUGACACGACGAGGACAAUACAGAGAUAUCACGAAGUUUUCAGACUUUUUGCCGACUUUGUUCAAGAAACCAGUUCAACCACAGAACGCAUGCAUGAUGACCCAAAUCUCCUGCUCACUAUUUUAAAUCCUGCAGCUUAUAUUUCAAUUUAAUGAAGUGUACUCGGCUGUCAACAUGGCUUUCACUGACAUCUGUGUGAUUUAAUGUUGUUCACAAAAUGCCUUAAUAAGAUACAAAAAAAAGGACAUCUCUCCUUUCCCCAGAGGACAAAUUGCAGUGGUUCUGAGGAACUAUGGUACAAUUUGACAAUAAUCUGGUGUGGAGUCAGAUGUCCUCAGGGACAAAAAAAAAAGUAUUGAUUCUGAAGGCACACAAAGAAAAGGAUUUCUACUCGUUAAGCUAUGAUCAGGAAUAAUAAAAUAUAUGUUUUGCA